AUGAAUAACUACACCAAUAACGUACAAUCUUCUCUGCCAAUAAACUUCCAAACUGACGAUGCGACACCAGCAUGGCUCAACAAGGCAGACAAUGCAUGGCAACUCACAGCAACCACCAUGGUGGGCAUGCAAAGUGUUCCAGGGCUUGUGAUACUCUAUGGCUCCAUGGUCAAGAAGAAAUGGGCCGUGAACUCCGCGUUCAUGGCUCUAUAUGCCUUUGCGGCGGUGCUCUUGUGUUGGGUACUUUGGGCUCAUAACAUGUCAUUUGGUACCAGGCUCACCCCUUUUAUGGGAAGGCCUGGUUUUGCUAUGACACCAAGUAUCCUGAGCCAAUAUGAAGGCUAUUUUGUUCCAAAGGCUGAUUAUGUAUACUUCCAAUUUGUUUUUGCUGCCAUUACUGUGAUAUUGCUUGCUGGGUCUUUGCUUGGGAGGAUGAACUUCUAUGCUUGGAUGUUGUUUGUACCAAUGUGGCUCACAUUUUCUUACUCCGCUGGAGCUUUUAGUAUUUGGGCAAGUAGAGGGUUUCUUGAGAAACACAUUAUUGAUUAUGCUGGCGGAUUUGUGAUUCAUCUUUCUUCUGGUGUGGCUGGUUUUAUUGCUGCUUAUUGGGUAGGACCUAGGCAAUCACACGACAGGCAACAUUUUCCUCCAAACAACAUAAUUCACAUGUUGGGAGGUGCAGGGUUUCUAUGGCUUGGUUGGACAGGCUUCAAUGGUGGCUCUCCAUUUGCAGCUAAUGAGAUUGCAUCUUUGGCCAUUAUCAACACUCAUGUCUGUACUGCUACCAGCAUUUUGGUUUGGGUUUCCCUUGACAUGAUUGUGUACAAGAAAAGCUCUGUGAUUGGUGCGGUCCAGGGAAUGAUCACUGGACUUGUCUGCAUCACCCCCGGUGCAGGGAUUGUGGAGCCAUGGGCGGCCGUACUAAUGGGAGCAUCGUCUGGUUCAAUACCUUGGUACACCAUGAUGGUAUUGCAUAAAAGGUCACCGCUCUUCCAAAGUGUAGAUGAUACAUUGGGAGUCUUCCACACCCACGCCGUGGCCGGUGUCUUGGGGGGACUCCUCUCAGGCAUGUUUGCAAAACCAAACCUUCUGAGAAUGAUCAAAAUUGUUGAUCUGAGGAUGAAGGAAGAGGAUCUUGAUGUUGGUGAUGAUGCAGUGCACGGAGAAGAAGCCUAUGCUCUUUGGGGUGAUGGAGAGCAGACGCAAGCGUCGAUAAGGAGGCAUUUAAGGAUUCCUUCCAUCUGUAGAUAGCCGAAAUGAGCUUUGGAAUGGAAUUUUAAUAAGUCCAAAGGAAUGAACGAAAGCAUGCAACAACUCUCGUUGCUGGCUUGCUAUUUUGUACCCACCUCUAGUAAAUGUUC